AACCAAACCAAAGAACCAUCAACAUUGCCGGCACUCUGAUAUGAACCGUUUAGAAUAAACCGAACCAGCGCGCGGUCACAAUGGUCUUUGCGAAAAACGAAAACGAAACGUGCUUCAAGGGGGUUUAGAUCAGAACAUGCUGGUGGCUAGAUGCGCGGUGUUGCUGGUGCUAUGGGCGCUGGCGGGUACGGGAAGCGCGCAGAUCCUGCGGAACCCCAGGUUCAGGAGGUUCCCUAUGAAAGCCGCUUUGGGGUUGAAAGAGAGGCUGAAACAGCGGUUCGAGAAGUACAGGGAGAGGAAUACGCAGCAGAUAUGUUAUGAAACUGUUGGAUGUUUCAACUUGCCCCAUAAGAACUCCCCGCUACAAAAGGUUCCAGAGGACCCCAGAGUGGUAGAAACUAAGUUCUACCUGUUCACAAGGAACAUAGACUUCCAUAAGCCUGAGGUGCUUUAUUAUGAUGACAAUGGUACAUCGCUUCAAGAGUCCAGCUUCAACUUCUCCAAUCCGUUGAAGGUCGUUGUCCAUGGGUACACGAGUAGGUGGAAUGAGAAAGGAUCCAUCAUCAUUGCCAAUUCAUACCUAAAGCUGUACGAUUGCAACGUGAUUCUGAUGGACUGGCACAGAGGAGCGAGAGGUCCACAGUACGCAGUGGCAGCUGCAAACACUGAGCUUGUGGGCAGGCAAUUGGGCAUUUUGCUGAACAAAAUGGUAGAGAAAGGACUCGACGUCAGAAAGAUCCAUCUUAUUGGAUUCUCUCUUGGGGCUCACGUAGCUGGUACCGCUUCGGAGUCGUUGAAGAACCGGGGAUUGUUGUUGGGCAGAAUAACAGGUCUAGAUCCAGCAAGUCCGUUAUUCAGAGGAAACUACUUGAGAGAACAGUAUAAGAAACUAGAUCGCAGCGAUGCCAAGUUUGUUGAUGUUAUACACACCGACGGAAGCCCGUCGGUAACAGACGGUUUUGGGCUAUGGGAUCCAAUAGGACACGUUGAUUUCUAUCCCAAUGGAGGGCAAGAACAACCCGGUUGCCAUGAUGUCAGAGAUUCCAUCAUAGUUACACAAUUCGAAAGGGGCCUAUCCAGAGAAAUAGUCUGCAGUCACAUCCGAGCUUUCCUCCUAUUCAAAGAAUCUCUCGUCAACAUGGUAGCGAAACAAAAAGAAAACAAAACCGCAUGUGAUUUCACCGCUUACAACUGCCCUGGAGGCAUCGAAUCCUUUGAAAACGGACACUGCUUCCCACAACUGGAAAGAAAUGAGUCUUCUUCCUUGGAUCCCUCGUAUAGGUUUGAUAUCGGACGAUUCGGGGAGGAUGUCAAAGGGGAAGGAGUUAUGUAUUUUUCUACCAAAGAUUCUAGUCAAUUCUGUGGUACCCAGCUGCAGGCAUCAGUUCAGCUAUCGCCCAAAACUGGCCCAGUGAAUGGCGUUUUACAGCUACAACUAUUUUAUUCAAAUCACAGCGUCAUUUUCCAAAUACAAUGCAAAUUCCUAGACAUAUCGAAUUCAUUUACACACUUGAAUGGUCUAGCAACAGCAGAGUACAACAGCAUGGAUAAGCAUGUUGAGACUAUCCAAGCAAGGCUGAACUACCUAGACUUCACUAACAUUGAGAUGCCAAGUAACCACAGUAUCUCCCUCUACACAUCAGUUCUGUUUAUUGACAAGGUUGUGGUCAGGGAUAUGUAUGGUAACAGCUGGCAGUAUUGUGAAAAAGGGACAGUUCUCGAAGAUAAAACGGGUCAGCGCUAUGGACUACUGAACAUCACUCUAAAAAAAGCAUCUUGUUAAUAUAGGUGUCAAUAUCUAGAAGAUACUAAAAUUGUGAUAUGUUUAGGAAAUAGUACUAUAUCUAUUUUUGUAAUAUUGCUUAGUUUUAGUAGAUAAAUAAUUAAAAGAUC